UGUUUCCUUAACCGUCAAUAGGUAAAGUUUUUCUCUGUCGCGCUACGCUAAUGUAUCUACUUCUAUUCAACACACCAAAACGUUUGUUGACGGUAUUCGGAGGCCCACUCGUCUAAACCUCCGUAUGUGUCAGCCAUGUCUCUAUCGGACCAGAGCCAACAGUGGUAUCCCACCAGCGUACAGGUAACUGUGCUUCAGGCAAGAAGCCUGAGGAUAAAGGGAAAAAAUGGCACCAACGACGCAUACGCCAUCAUGCAAGUGGCCAAGGAUAAAUUCGCUACAUCGGUGGUAGAAAAGAGCGUGGCACCGGUGUGGAAAGAGGAGGCCACGUUCGAGCUGCCGCUCUUCCACAACGGUAACGCAGAGAAGUGUACGUUGCACGUCCACGUAAUGCACCGGGCUCUCGUGGGACCGGACAAGUUGCUCGGGCACGCAGUCAUCAACCUGUUGGAGCUCAGCGAGGUUAAAUCCCGCAAUAAGACUGAGUGAGUGUUCGCUUCUCUGUCCAGUAAUAAUCACCGUUUUCUAUUUCUACAUUGCUCAAGAAAGUGUUUGCCGUUAGUUACACAAUUCCUUUUAAAUGAAUAAUCUCUGUAGUUGUAAUAGCCGAUCUAAGACAAUAAUGGAACACCACAAUGUCACUAUGUUGGCCUUCAAUAGGGGUUGUAAUUAUACUGCUCCAUAUUCCACUUGUGUAAUAAUCACCCAACUCAACAUGCAACAAUGUUAUAUAAUAAUUACAACAUUACAGUAAACGAGCAGGCUAUAGGCCUAAAGUGUUAUCCCACAUGGUUUUACUCUGUCAAUUCACUCAAUAUAGUGCAACCUUUUGUUAGAGCCUAUGGAAUAAUAUUGAUUUCUGCCCUGUUGCUUUUUCAUUUCGCUCCUCUUGCCUCUCAUUGAGUGACACUGUUUGUUUUGACAGCCUACUGAUUUAGCUCAUAACAGUGCAGUAUGCCAGCAGCACAACACCCCAUUUAAGACCAUUACCAAUACCUCACAAAUUGCCUGUCUCCUGUGAGUCAUUAGUUCAUAGCAGUGUACUCUCCCUUUAUGAAUAUUUGUAAAGGAACUAAUUUAGUUGAUCACAGGCCUUCUCUCCUAACCAUUGGUUUGCAGUACUGAAGCCCUAAAAGAGGGGUUUGUUUGACUGUAUUCUACAUGUUAUAAAAAAGGGAACGUUACAUACAUCUGUAUAUUUCAGUUGUACAUAUAUUGUAAUGAAGAGCUGAGUCAGCAGUAAAAGCCUCUGUCAAGCAAAAGCUGAGCCCUGCGGUCAUCUGUUCCGAGACGCUAGGUUCUAGAAAAAACACCCUGUUGAAGUCAGGAAGGAAAUUAGCGGGAGGGGGGCAGGAAGAGUCAACCAGGGGUCUCAGACCUGUGAGGUGUGUGUGACCAUGACUACCCUCUUGGAGGUUACAAAAUGAACAAUGAACACAAUGCUGUGACUGCAGUUUCUUAUCUUCAGUGAAGCACUCAAUGUGAAUCCAAACAGAAAGGCAAUAAAAAACAGACCGGCUGCUCACAGAAUGACAAAUAUGAUGAAUAACUGUAUGGGGUGAGAGAGAGCAUCACCUCACUAUUACUGCAGCGUUGUUGUUGAGAGGACAGCAUGGGGAAACGUAGGGCAAGGUUAGUAGUGGUGGCAGCUUGCAUUGUUGUCCAUUGUUGUUGUUGUUAUUAAUUCACAGAAAAAUAGAGCAAUACAUUUGGGAAUCGUAAAACAAUGUGGUCAGGCUUGUUCAACCAGUCCCUCUAGUUCAGGGCUCUCCAAACCUGUUCCUGGAGACCUACCCUCCUGUAGGUUUUCGCUUCAACCCCAGUUGUAAUUAACCUGAUUCAGCUUAUCAACCAGGUAAUUAUUAGAAUCAGGUGCGCUUGAUUAGGGUUAGAAGCACUUUCGAGUAUGCGAGCACAGACGUUAGCUUCGCCUAGCUGCGUUCUGCAAGGAGCAAGCCAAACCUAUGUAUGGGGACGCCUUUAGAGAGUAUAGCAGCGGGGGUUUAGUAAUUAGGCUGCAGGCUUAUUUAUUUAGCAACUUCUUGAGAAAUAUUACAUCUCACUAAGCUGUCUCUGGGUAUUUCAGUCCUCACACAACAUGUGCCCAUGUCUUAUUUCGCUGCUAUACACAGCACCAGGUGAUGUGCAGUGCACGCACUUACGUCUGGUAAGUGGACACUCUUGAAAGUGGAUAUUGCUGGGUCUUGUAAUGUGUAAGGAGAGCACUUCUUGGUCACUGUAUUAUAAUACAUCUCCUUUGGUUAUUUCAUCUUUCUGAUUACCUAUAAAAAGAUCCAUCAUGAUUUGCCAUCUCCUUAUAUAGGAUCAGACUUCUCAUGCCCUAUGUAAAGUGCAUUCUCCACGAUGAUAAUUGGUUUCAUGCUACAUGCUUUAUCUGAGUAGGAGUUAGUCUGGAGACAGGGCUGAGGAUCUCCACGGCUGAUCGUUUUUUCCCCCUGUGUGACAAUGAUAGGUUCAUGUGACAUUAUUGUUAUCGUUGCCCUUUAGCUCAAAUGCCAAACUUCAGCAGAAUAUUUUUUUUUCUCAGACCUGAAUUCUUCCCAGAGCUACUUUCAUAUGCCAUCUUCAUAGCCUCUCAAAACUGUUUUUCUAUGUCUGGUGAAAGGAUGUCCAUGGUAACUCACAGGGGGGCAGUAUGAAAAAAAUGUAUGCACUAACUGUAAGUCGCUCUGGAUAAGAGCGUCUGCUAAAUGACUAAAAUGUAAAUAAAACCUGGUUCAUACACCUUAUGCAUUGUAUACAAUACUAUCAACCUUCGUUUUGAGUUCUUCCGAAAAUGUCUUAAAACCAAUGAGCAGUAUUAAGGGGUUUUUCUCAUUGUGUGAUCUGCUCUGCUUUCUCAAGUUUGACUAUGGAGUACCUGAUUUCUGCGGAGGCCAAAUCCAGACUUAGCCUCGCAUUCCAGAGUGUUUAACGUGAAAAACAAACCAAUUAUUGACCCUGUACUCCCCCUCUCUCUGGUGGCUUUACCAGCUCUCAAACAGACCGUGUUAUCUUUGACUUAAAGCAGAACUCAGUGUUACUGUUUACACAGCCUCAUUUCCAAUUCUCACUAACCCCUGCCAGCUGCAGCGAGCUUCUACCUCUCUCCCAAACAGAUGCAGUUGAUUCAGAUUCAUUCAGACAUUUAGUUUUGUCUUUUUCUAAAGGACCAGCUGAUUUGCCUUUGAAAAAUUAAAUGUUUUAUUCAAAGAGCAGUUUCAUACAUUGACACAGCACAAAUAUCACUCUGGCAUUGAUUGGUCCUCUGUAGCUCAGCUGGUAGAGCACGGCGCUUGUAACGCCAAGGUAGUGGGUUCGAUCCCCGGGACCACCCAUACACAAAAAUGUAUACACGCAUGACUGUAAGUCGCUUUGGAUAAAAGCGUCUGCUAAAUGGCAUAUUAUUAUUAUUAUUAUUAUUAUUAUUAUUAUUUCUUAGAGAUAUCAGCGUCAAAUCCCUUCCGUGUAUGUUACUGAUCUGACACAUGGAUAGAUGUAGGGCAGUUGUACAAUGGGGACCAUAAACUAUAGACUGUUCUUGAAUAUUAAUGCCUCAUGUUGCAUAUUGUAUUAAUAUAACAUCGAGUUUGUUUACAUGCACACUAAUAAUUCGAUAUUAAACUGAUUAUGGCAGUAGGCAGAGUAUGGCAUUUAGUCAUGGAAACACCUUACUCUGUUUAUCAUAAUCGGCCUAAAGUCAUAAUCUAAGUAAGCAUACGCCGAUUAAACACAUGGAUUUCUGAGCAAUCUUUCGAAUUAUUAGUACAUGUAAACGCCUUAGAGUUAAAGCGGUGUAUUUGAUCUGCGCAUGUGCUAGCACGAACAGCGCGAGCGUCCCUCUUUCGUGAGUUCGGUAAAACUGAAAGUAUGCAUCUUAAAUAGUUUUGACAUACAAACUUUAUAUGUCCCAACUCAGAAUCAAAUAGGCAUCACAAAAAUAAAAUGGUUGCUGUAGUAGAACGUUUAUAUUGAUUGGCGAUUUCCUGCAUUUAUCUAAGUCCCACCAGGUAGCCUGAUUUCAGAUGUGUCCAUGUAAACAGGAUUAUUAGGGAAAUAAUAAUUAUUUCAAAGCAUGUAAACAUUUUAAAUUGAACUGUUAUAUUAACCUGACUAUUCAUAAUUAUCGUAUUAUUGUGUGCAUGUAACCGUACUCAUUAUUAAUGCAUGAUUGUCAUGAGGAUAAAUUGUGAUAUGGAAAAGCAACAUGGCAGCACAUUUUUCUUCAUCUCUUUUUUUAUCACAAUGAAGGUACAUGGAGUAUCUCCUCUGUGUCAAGGGCAAGGCUGUUCAUACACAGAUACUUUAUAAGAGUGACUGCACCAAACACAAUUUCAUCUGCAACCUUAAUAUGGUGGCCAUAUUUUGAAUACAGUGAAAAGGCUUUCAGUUAAGUCUCUCUCUGUGAGUGUAUGUGCGUGUGUGUGAGGGAGAGACUGCUGCAUAUUGUGAUAAGAAAGGUUUGUGUCAAGGAAGGCAUUGUUUUAUCAGCCAUUCAGGGUUACACAGGAAGAAGUAUGUGCUGAAAGAGGCGUUAGAAUAAUAAUAGCUUAAAUGCUGACUCACACUGUUCCAUCUCUUCCCAUUAGUCUAUCCUGUCUGUGAGCAGCAGUAGUAUUGCACAUUGUGCUACACACUGGGAUAUGAGACUGCUGCGUUCAGAUGAUACGUUGAUGCCGGGCCUUUUCAUAUUAAAUUACCCUUUCAUUGACUGUUCUAUCCUGUUCUUAGUCAGCUAACACCACUACAGUUAACUGUAGCUGUUGUAACUUCCUUUUUACUGAUGCUCAGUAAAGUUACUUCUCCUCUAGUUCUUCUCCAAUGCCCGGCCCUUCCCUAGCAGGGUGUUGUUCACAAGGGUCUGUUGAGAGGCGUGAUAUGACGUCCACACAGGCAUCAGUGAAUAACUACAAGGAUUGUCUGGGUGUGUCCUGUUCACUGAGAAACUUUUAAAACAACUUGACAUUUUCACAGAGAGAAGAAUGAACUGUCCUUUGUUGUCUAACGUCAAUUGAAUUACAGAGCUAUAUUGGGAUAAAAUAAUAAUUGGCUUCCUGGAAGUGUCCUAUCUUUACUGCUUUGGCAAUGUAACUUGUGAUCGUGCAGCUGUAAGGCCAGAGAGUUGGUUUAGAAUGUUUAUGUUUACAAAACUACUGAGCUACUAAGUUUAAGGUACUGCGUACAGUAUAACGGCUGUGACUGCUAUGUGGCCCCUAAGUAGAUUCCACAAGCAGGCAUGUAUUUCCCUGACGUGCUGGCUCAGUACUCCAAACACUAGCAGGGAGGUGUAGAAGGAAAGCAUGAGUCUUUGGGUUGUUGUCAGUCACUCAGGAACAUGAAAGGAGGGUGUGUGAACCUGCCAAAUAUUCCAGACUGGAUCAGUAUUUUUAGACUCAAUGGCCUCCCUUAUAAAGGCAUAUAUUUGUUAACUAAACAGAAUACUUGUUUACCCACACAGUAAGGUACAUCAAUUAUGUAACUUCUCUAUUUACAUUUCACAGUAAUUGACUCAAUGGAAUGGAGGGACAGGUUGAACAAGCCUGACCACAUUGUUUUACGAUUCCCAAAUGUAUUGCUCUAUUUUUCUGUGAAUUAAUAACAACAACAAUGCAAGCUGCCACCACUACUAACCUUGCCCUACGUUUCCCCAUGCUGUCCUCUCAACAACAACGCUGCAGUAAUAGUGAGGUGAUGCUCUCUCUCACCCCAUACAGUUAUUCAUCAUAUUUGUCAUUCUGUGAGCAGCCGGUCUGUUUUUUUUAUUGCCUUUCUGUUUGGAUUCACAUUGAGUGCUUCACUGAAGAUAAGAAACUGCAGUCACAGCAUUGUGUUCAUUGUUCAUUUUGUAACCUCCAAGAGGGUAGUCAUGGUCACACACACCUCACAGGGCUGAGACCCCUGGUUGACUCUCUUCCUGCCUCCAACACUCAUUUCCUUCCAGACUUCAGCUGGGUUGUCGAGGAACAGACAACCUCAGGCCUUAUGGGUUUUGCUUGACCGAGACUUUUAACGCUGACCCAGCUCUGCAUUGCUCCAUUCUAAACUAUAAAUGAAUGAUUGUUUUGACUGUUAUCACAAUAUAUGUACAACUGAAACAUACAGAUGUAUGAACAGUACCUUCUUUAUAACAUAAUAAUGAUAUGUAAAAUACAUAGUCAAACAAACCUGCAUUUUUUGUUUUAUACAACAGGGAUUUUUUUUAGAGUCAUUGAACCAAUCAGCAUGACAAGAAAUGACUUGAUGCAAUUCUUUGUUGAACAAUUCUUACAAUGAGCCUAUCUCUUUGUACUCUGGCCUUCUUUUUCUCAGAAGGCAUGUUCUAUACAAGUGAACCAGUAAUAACCACUAAUUUUGUGAUGUUCUGAUUUUAUAUUUAACGAACUGCAUUCAUAAAAAGACAAGUGCCUGGGGAUUUUGUAAGUCAUUAAUUAAAUAUGAACCUAAAUUGAGUGUAAUUGUAACAGACUCCAACUAUAUUUUACAUGCAUAGCUUGUAGCAGGGGUGGAAAUUGAGAAAGAAAAUCACUCCUAGAACCCUCCAAUGUAAAGUCCAUGAAUUCAGUGUAGAAAUCUGCAUUUUCACAUUGCAAAAUGAUUUCACUCCCAGAACCCGGUUCCCCCCAUUUCCACUCCUGGCCUGUAGUAGUCUAUGCAGUACAUUUUAAGGCAUGGUGUUCAGUCUUAACAUACAAGAGUAGUGUGCUACAACUUAGGAGGAUGGAAAUGAUGAAAACAUAAAGACAGACACAAUGUUCCUGGUGGUGACCAGUAGAAUGCUCAAACACUGACUCACCAGAUCGCUUACCACAUCAUCAGUCAUUUCCCCUGGCUCCUCCAGCCUUGGGCCCAAAAAAAUAAAGUCUACUGUACUGAUCACUGUUUCCAUGGAAGGACUCUUUAACAUUUCAAAGGAAAAAUAGCAGCAGCCCCAACUUACUGGAAUGAUUCUCUUGGUGGUGAGGCCCAGGGGCUGAUGAAUACAUGACACGUUCUUUGAUCAUCAGCCUUCCUCUGCUUAUGCAGGCUGUGGUUGUUCAGACAGAUUAGUCUGCACAGUGUGUGUGUUAUCUGAAAAGGGUGAUGAAUGAUUACAAAUGUCAAAUUAUUUCUGAGCGCCCUUACAAGUUAUUGGAGAAGCUCAGCAGUAAUCUAAACAAAUAAAACAUUAUGUUGGUUCUUUCUUUCACUGCCUCACAUUCAUACACCUUGAGUUCUUGAGACAUCUCUCAGAUAAGAACAGCAUGUGUUUCAUACCAAUUCUAUUCAAUGAAAUUAUUUGAUAAAUAAUACAGACUUUCUCUUAACAGAUGGCAUAAGCUGUUGGACAAGGCAGGCAAGCCAGACAAAGACAGGGGAGAGGUGCUAGUGGACAUCCAGUUUAUGAAGAAUAACCUGACAGCCAGCAUGUUCGACCUCUCUGCUACAGACAAGCCGCGCUCCCGCCUGGGCAAGUUCAAGGACAAGGUUCGAGGCAAGAAGAAGGAGGGUCUGUCGGACUCUGCGUCUGCCGUGGUGCCGUCCUUCACCCAGGUUCUGACGGACAGCGAGGGAGAGGGGGAAGGGGGUGCAGAUAAAGGAGAGAAAAAGAAGAAGAACAAUCUGAAGUCUCUGUUUUCUCCCAAGUCUAACCUGCAGCGUCAUGGACUCUCUCAGUCCAUGUCUGUCCUGGGCCCUCUGCCUGAGAAGAACUCCUCACUGAGUGGCAGCCGCUCCUCAGGCCUCAAUGUGGACUCCUCUGAAGGUGAGCAUCAUCACAGACUGUCCUUCCAUUUUUAAAUAUGCAAUUUAUUUAAUCGAAAACCUAUGUUACACUAUGUGUUUACAAAUCAAACUUUCCCCCCUGUUUUUUCUUUCUCAUCCACAGGUAAAAAUAAAUUCAAGUUUCUGACCCAUAAGCGCACAGGCAGUUCCGACAGUAAGGCUUCUCAGGGCUCCCUGUCUCUGGGGCGCUCUAAGGUCCCUGCCCCGCUUGCAGAACAGAGUAACCUGUGCAUCAACGGCAGUCACGUGUACACAGAAGAGCCCCAGUCUCGGAGCGCACGCACCGGCUCCACCUUCAGCCUUGCCAGCUCAGGCCGCGGCUCCAUGGAAGACCUGCGCAGGGCCCAGGGUCGUAAGAGCUCCAGCACCUCCAUGGACUCUCUCAUGGCCCUGAAGCAGCCCUCACCCUGGGCAGAGGAGGAGGAAGAGGAGGAGGAAGAAAGAUUUAAGAUGGAUGAGGAGAUGAAGAGAAAGGAAGAGCAGGAGAGAAAGAAGUUAGAGGAGGAAGAGGGGAUGAGGAAGGAGGAACAAGAGAAAAGGAGGAUUGGGGAGGAGGAAGAAAGACUUCGGUUUGAGGAGGAGAGGAUACGGAUUGAAGAGGAGAAGAUGAGGUUUGAGGAGGAAGAGAAAAGAAGGAAGGAGGAACAGGAAAACAGAAAGAGGAUGGAGGAGGAAAAUAUUAAGGUUGAGGAUGAAAGUAGAAUGAUGGAAGAAGAGAGGAAGAGGAGACUGAAGGAGGAGGGAGAGGAGAGGGUGAAGAAGAAAGAACAGGAAAUGAGUAGGUUAGAGGAGGAAAUAGAGGAACAAGAGAGGUGGGAAGAAGAGGAAAGAAUGAAGAGGGAGGAUAGCCUGAGAAAGGAGGACGAGAGGAAAAUGAGGGAGGUGGAGGAGAGGGUUAAGGAGGAGGAAGAAAGGAUUAGGAGAGAACAAGAGGAAGAUAUGCAAAGAAGGGAGGAACGGGAGAGGAAGAUGAGGGUGGAGGAAGAAAGAGUGAAGAGAGAGCAGGAUAGGCUGAGGGAGGAGGAAGAAAGAGUGAGGAAGGCCGAGGAGGAUGAUAGGCUGAGAGAGGAAGAGAGAAGGAUGAGGGAGGAGGAAGAAAGAGUGAAGCAAGAGCAGGAUAGGCUGAGAAAGGAGGAAGAGAGAAGGAUGAGAGAGGAGGAAGAAAGAGUGAGGAAGGCCGGGGAGGAUGAUAGGCUGAGAGAGGAAGAGAGAAGGAUGAGGGAGGAGGAAGAAAGAGUGAAGCAAGAGCAGGAUAGGCUGAGAAAGGAGGAAGAGAGAAGGAUGAGAGAGGAGGAAGAAAGAGUGAGGAAGGCCGGGGAGGAUGAUAGGCUGAGAGAGGAAGAGAGAAGGAUGAGGGAGGAGGAAGAAAGAGUGAAGCAAGAGCAGGAUAGGCUGAUAAAGGAGGAAGAGCGAAGGAUGAGAGAGGAGGAAGAAAGAGUGAGGAAGGCCGAGGAGGAUGAUAGGCUGAGAGAGGAAGAGAGAAGGAUGAGGGAGGAAGAAGAAAGAGUGAAGAGAGAACAGGAUAGGCUGAGAAAGGAGGAAGAGGAGAGGAAGAUUAGGGAAGAGGAAGAAAGAGUGAGGAAGGCCGAUGGGGAAGAUAGGCUGAGAGAGGAAGAGAGAAGGAUGAGGGAGGAAGAAGAAAGAGUGACGAGAGAGCAGGAUAGGCUGAGAAAGGAGGAAGAGGAGAGGAAGAUUAGGGAGGAGGAAGAAAUGCUAAGGAGGGAAGAGGAGGAUGAUAUGCAGAGAAAGGAAGAAGAGCAGAGGAAGAUUAGGGAGGAGGAAAAAAUAAUAAAAAUGUUAGAGGAGGAGAGGCUGAGGAAGGAGGAAGCAGAAAGAGUGAGGCUUGAAGAAGAAAGGGAAAAUGAACAGGAGAGAAGGAGGGAUAAGGAGCAGAGAGAACUGAUGGAGGCGAAAGAGAGAUUUAGGGUGGAGGAAGAAAAUAUGAAAAAAGAGGAGUUGAGACAGGAAGAGAGGAUGAGAGAGGAAGAGAAAAGGAGAAAUGCACAGAUGGAGGAAGAGAAGGAGAGUGUACCGUUGGAGGAAGUUGAGAAACAGAUGGAACAGAAUAGCGAGGCAAAGGCCACCUUGUGCAAUAAUCCUUUUGAGGAAGUUUCUCCCACCAGUUCAUUUGAUGACACCUCUUCAAAUAACCUGUUUGAGGAGAGCCCUAUGACCUCCUCUACUGGGCCAAUCAGCUGCCGGAUAAAUAAAGGAUCAGCAGUCAAGCCAAGGUCAGUCAGACAAACACACACACACACUGUCUCUUAGCCCUUGGGUGCCAUAAAUUAUGGAUGCACUAUUUAUUUAGUCUCCAAAAGCAGCAGGGGGAAAACACCCAAGUUUCUUCUGGAACCCCCUGAGAUCUCUCCUCUCAUCCACACACACGAACCUUCCCUCUCUCAUAUCCUCAGAUUCUCUGAUUCAGACAUCUCAUUUCAUCAUCUAACAAAACAAUGUCAAUUAUGCUAACAUUCUCUUUCCUCUGUGCUGUCAGAGCAGGGUGGCACAAGUCAGAUAUAUGUGGAAAACCUGCCAACUUGUCUGAGAUAGACUUUUAUACCACCAGUUAAUCAAGGGAGGCAACAAGCCCUUAAUGGCUGUGGCACAGUGUAGCUGCUUGUAGAGACUCAGCUGGAUGUAAUUGGGAUGGUUUUAUUGGAUGUUUACUGCUGUCGUACAAAAUUGAGAUUUGAGCAGAAAACCUGUUGCCUUAUCAAAGACUUUGGUAUAGGAUAGUGUUCUGUAGAGAAUAUUAAGUUCGUCUCAGUGUGUUGGCGUCAUGGCCAUUUGGUGUUAAGGGAGUGUGUAAGCAAGAUGUCAUGGUAUCUGUUGGCUUGUGGUGCUUGACACUACUCCAACAUGCACAUCUCAUUAAAGCACAAUCCCUUCAAGUAAUCUAACACCUUCAUGAAAAUUGCGGUGCAGUGGAAAAGGUGGAUGUGCGUGUUCGUUUUGGAAACCUUUGGCUCAGCUAGUAUUGGCUGCUACUCCCAUGAAUCAUAGCUUGUUAUACAGUUUCUACAGAUGUCAUAUUAAAGGUGUUACAGCGAGACACAAAGCAUUAGGUGAUUGAAGUUUUUAACUAGGGUGUUGAUGUUGAAUGACUCAUGAGUAUGUAUGCUGAUAAGGCUGAAACAAACCAACAGGAUGAUAUGACUCAGUGUAGUGAAGCAAGGUUGUUUCGUAAUGUGAACAGGCAAUGGUUCAGAGGCUGUAAAGAUGCUUUAUCUUUAUUUCUCAUUUUGAUCUAGGUUUCAUUCAUGUUUUGUUAUUUUAAAUCUACAUGUAAAACCUUUCUGUGUGUUUGUGUUACUAACCAUUAUAAUUAACCUUCAUGUCCCUCUCAUAAGACCUAAUAAAAUGAAAUUCCUCCCACUUUCUCUUGUCUGGUGAGUUACUAGCAACUAGUAACAACUUUUAUGUAACACAUCUGUAGUUUGUAGUUUGCAUUGUCUACCUGUCCGCUAACUGGAAUGUGUCUGUGUGUGGAUUCCAACAAGACUUUUGUUUUUGUUGAGAAAAGAAAAAGAAAAGAAUUGAAUAACUUCAAUUUAGCAUUUUUUAUUUCAUAACAUUUCAUCAUUUAGUUUUAGAAACAAAUUCUAUGUUCUUUAAAAAGUUGUAAAGGUUUUUCCAUUUUCAAUGUGUGGUAGUUCGAUAUUGUCAUCAGCAACAACAAAAAAUCUCACUGCACCCUACCCUUCCUAACCCUGCUCUUCCAGACCCUCUUCAUGGGGGAACCCUUCAAAGCCUGUUAUAUCUUCCAACCCCUUCUUAUCGUCCUCGUCUCCUGAACUGGAGAGUUCAAUGGACUCCCCCAGAGGCGAUGGGGAAACCAGAGAUGCUAUUGACCUGUCUACUGAGCUGAUGGAGAAGAAAGUCCCUACCCCUCUUGCCCCCAACAAACAGCGCUGGGCUCGUAAGGACAACUGGUCUAGUAAGGCCAAAUCUCAUUGUGCCACACCUAAACUCACUAAAACAAAGCCAACAAAACCGCCCCCUCCCCUCAGACGUCACUCUUCCACGUCAUUGGUGGGAAGUUGGGAUGACCAGGGGAGUGUUAGUGGUAAGGACCAUUCCAGUGUCAGACAGGAUAAGGGUCCUGCUCCACUGCCUCCAGACAACCAGCGAUGGGCUCGUAAGGACAACUGGCCUAGUAAGUCCAACCCAGAUUCUGCCAAUUCUAUCCUCACCCAAAUAAAGCCAACAAAACCGCACCCUCCUCCAAGACGCAACUCUGCCACGUCCAUGGUGGGAAGUGAACAUGACCAGCACUUAAAUGAGAGUGUUAGUCAGGAUGAUUCCAGUGUCAGGAGGGACAAGCGUCCUGCUCCACUGCCUCCUGACAGACCAAACCAGGCUCCAAGCGAGACACAGAGGGACCAGAGUAUGACCAGUGUGAAUCAGGGACAUAAGGACAGAGUGGGUGCCUCCAUGUCCAAGGUCUCUCAACGUGUGGUACAGAUGAUCACACCACUGACAUCUUCCUCCACAGCUACAACAGAACACAUCAGUGGAGGCCAGAGCUCUUCCCACCAUGGGAACCAAGCAGGGGAAUCCAUGCCAUCUGCCAUUGGGGGGUUGAUUGUUGCGAAACACAAUAAAGGUCCAGCACCCUCGAGGCCCCAGCACCUUCCAGGGAAGACGAUGCCAAAAGCUGAUGUGUUAGAUGAGCAAUCAAAUACUGAUGAACAUGAAUCUUCGGUUGAGUUUGAGUUUGAUCCAAAUAAUCCCUUUGCAGAAGACUGCAGAAUGGAGAAGUCCUCUGGACGUGGUGAAGAACAGAGUCUAACUGGUGAGCGUCAGGAGAGCCUGGACUCUCACAAUCAACAGAGUUGUACCUCCACAGAUGCAGAUCUAGGUCUGUUUCAGAAGAGUGUGGUUGGGGACACAACUGAGCUUCCAACACCAGAUGUUCUGCCAGCUGAGGAUGGCUCCUGUCCCAACAAAAGCACAUCAGCGAAACGGGUCCGUGCUCCCUUGCCUCCAGUGAAGAAAACAUCCACCUUUAGAGAGGAAGGAACUGGUAAACAGAGUUCUGGAAAACUACAAAGCCCAGGGGCUCCUACUUCGAGUAAGCUUUCCUCAGAUAUCUCAGUAAAAACGCAGAGUGGCGGGGUGGGUGUGGCACUACCAUGUGUUACCGUUGCCCAGCCCCCAUGUGUACCCUCACCGGCCCCCUCCUCCCUACCCCACCCCGAGCCCCUGAAGGGAUCAGGGGGCAGGAGAGACUGCCCUCCCCAGACAACAAGCUCUGUCCCUGGCCAGAAGACCCUGCUUCAUGCUGGAGCUCUGCCCUCCAUUGCAGAGCAGUGCAGUGGAGAGGAGGCGGGAGGGAGUGGGGACAGGCCUGCCUCAAGCACACGCAGGUGAGAGAGAUCUCAGCCUUUUCCUGUAGCGUGUAGCAGCUAUGUACUGUCCACCAAACCUCUCCUGUCUCCUGUAGAAUGUACUGUAUUUAGAAUUACUAAACCUCCCCAAUCGCUUGUAAAAUGCAUUGUUCGAGAACACUUAAUGAAUGUGACCCUGGUAAAACUCUUCUACUCUCUUAUCAAAUGUUUAGCUGCACUUUCCUGAAUUAAAACACUAACUUAUGACUAGGUUGUAUUUGCAAUACUUUCAUUAUGCAAACAAAAUCAUAGCUGGUACUACUUUAUUAAUUAUUAUAUAAUACUAUAAUUGUUAUGGAGUUUAGCAUAAAGCAAAAGGAACAUAGAUUCCAAGAGAAAUUAGCAGUAUAUUAUGUCAUCAAAUAGCACUUAGCUACUAAGUAAUUACUGCAGAUGUAAUUUUUCUCUGCUAGUUGUUUAAUUGCGAUGUCAUUCACACAAUGCCCUCGGCCAGUAUGAAUCAUGUCUAUAGAAAUGCCAGCCUUUCUAGCUUUCAUUGCUUUUUGUCAUGUUAUUUUUCCUGUAGAAUCUCAGACAAAGCUCAGUGGAGCAUGUAAAAUGCCAUUACUCAGAGCGUGUGUACACUGUGGCUCCUCUGCAGUCUAACCUUAUCUAAGAGGGAUAGAAGAGUACAGAUACGCUUGUCAUUGUGUCAUGUAUGAUGGGAAUGAGUCAAUUGUAAAGAAGAACCCUGCUCGGAUUUCUUGUCAUGUCUAACUGAUCGAACAAAUCAUUUCCCACUGUUGGCAGCAAGCUUCAGCUCUUUUUUUCUGUGCUAGGAGACCGAUAAUAAUUAGACCUGCUUUUUGAGAAAAGGCAAUUAUCCAGAUAUCCCCCACAUCCACCUGCUGCAUCCCCUCUAAUAACACAAUACUUUUCAGAAAAGUUUGAGCCUCUCUCACUGUCGCUGUCUUCCUGUCUAUCUCGAUUCAGGCCACACCCAGUAAAGCCCUUGCGCUCCCUGGAAAACCAGCCAGCCUCCGACAUCCAAGAGGGACAGGCUGGCAAAUCUACACGGAUCCUCGGUGGCCUUCAAGAGAAGAUGAAGGUAUUUUAAAGAAAUAUACAGUCAGCUCCAUAAUUAUUGGCACCCUUGAUAAAGAUGAGCAAAAAAUACUGUAUAAAAUAAAUAAUACAAAUACUGAGCUGUAUUAUUUUAUACUAAUACGCUUGCUCAGAGAAAGCGAUUUUGUUUAACAAGUAAUAAAAAAAUCUAUUAAAAAAGAUGGGUCAAAAUCAUUGGCACCCAUAUUUUCAAUACUUUAGCGCCCUCCCCUUGUGAAGAUAAUGAGGCUUUUUCUCAAAUGUUUUAUAAGAUUGGAGAACACGUUGGGAGGGAUCUUAGACCAUUCCUCUAUACAGAAUAUUUUCGAGAUCCUUGAUAUCCUUCGUCUGCUCUUAUGGACUGCCCUCUUCAAUUCAAACCACAGGUUUUCAAUGGGUUCCAAGUACGGAGACUGAGAUUGCCAUUGUAAAAUGUUGAUUGUGCAGUCAAUUAACCAUUUCUUUGUGGAUUUUGAUUAGUGGUUGAGGUUGUCUUGCUGGAAGAUCCAAUUGCGGCCAGGUGUUUUAGUUGAAAUGUCCUGGUACUUGGUAAAGUUCAUGAUGCCGUUGACCUUAACAAGGGCCCCAGGACCAGUAUAAGCAAAAUAGCCCCAUAACAUCAAAGAUCCACCACCAUAUUUUACCGUAGGUAUGAAGUACUUUUCUGCAUACAGUGUAUGCUUCUGUUUUUCAAUGCCAAACCCACUGCUGGUGUACGUGGCCAAAGAGCUCUAUUUUCAUGUCAUCUGACCAUAGCACCAGUUUCAAUCCAAGUGCCAAUGCUGUUUAUCAAACUCCAGGCAUUGACAUUUGUUGGAUGACACGAAAAUACAGCUCUUUGGCCACGCACACCAGUGGUGGGUUUGGCAUUGAAUAACAGAAGCAUAUGCAGAAAAGUACCUCAAGAUUCUGUAUGGAGGAAUGUUCUAUGAUUGGCUCUAUUUAAGGCUGGCGUUAAGCCAGCACAAUUGUCAAACGCACGCUUGUUUGCAAUUUCGAACUGUUAAAGUCAACGCUGUUCUAUUUUUGAACCCAAGUGCCAGGAUUGGUAAUUUACCUGUCUUAUUUGAGCUCGCUUGCGCUUAGGUGGGAGGGGUGGCAAUAUCUGAGGUGUGUCCUUUAAAAACGUGCCCCAAAGUGCCAAUAUCAGCAUAGCCUCCCCUCCUCUCAAUGAAGGAAAAUAAUGUGUCAUACCCAAUUCGCCAAGACUAUUGAUUAAGGGUUUUGCUCGUGAGACCACUUUUAAAUAAAUCUCAAUCACCAAAGUUGUAUUAAAAGUUCAAGUUUGUCAGCAGCAAAACAGUGAGCAGACAUCCACUUCCCACUGGGCACAAACUGGUUGAAUCAACGUUUCCAUGUCAUUUCAACCCCCAAAAAUCUAUGUGAUGACGUUGAAUCAACGUGAAAAACUGAUUGGAUUUGAAAAUAAUCAUCAAAGUAAAGGCUUUUUUUCCCUUCUUUUUUUUACUCUACUUUUAACCUGAAUCCAAUGACAUGGUGAUUGUUUUUGUUGAUUUCACGUUAGUUGACAACUCAGCCAAAUGUAAAUAAAAACUAGACGUUGAACUGACUCUCUAUGUAGGCUAUUAUAUGUCUUGCUACUUGCUUAGCAAGUACCACUUCCUCCUGAUUCAUCUCACACCGAGGCUCAAACCCAGAACCACGUGACCGCCCUCCUGAAGCGUCUUACCGGUCGACGCCACAUGAAAGGGGAGGAGAUCGGUUAAAGAAGGAUUUUUAAGCCUUUAGAUAAUUCAGACAUGGCUUGUGUAUGUGUGCCAUUCAGAGGGUGGAUGGGCAAGACAAAAGAUUGAAGUACUUUUGAACGGGAUAUGGUAGUAGGUGCCAGGUGCACCGGUUUGAGUGUGUCAAAAACUGCAACGCUGCUGGGUUUUUCAUGCUCAACAGUUUCGCGUGUUUAUCAAGAAUGGUCCACCACCCAAAGGACAUCUAGCCAACUUGACACAACUGUGGGAAGCAUUGGAGUCUACAUGGGCCAGCAUCCCUGUGGACGCUUUUGACACAUUGUAUAGUCCAUGCCCUGAUGAAUUGAGGCUGUUCUCAGUCCAAAAGGGGAUGUAACUCUAUAUUAUUCGUACAAUGUUAUGAAUUGCAAUUUGUUCAAUAUGUUACGAAUUAGCUAAACGUAUGAUAUGUUACGAAUUCCAAUUAGUUGUGGCUAACGCUAACGUUAGCUAGGUGGCUAACGUUAGCUAGGCUAGGGGUUAAUGUUAAUGUUAAGGAUAGGAGUUAGGUUAAAGGGUCAAGUUUAGGGUUACGGGAAGGGUUAGCUAACAAGCUAAGUAGCUAAAAAGUAGUCUGUUUCAAGUUUUUUUUUUUUUUUAUGUCAAGUACAGUGAAAUGCCUUUCUUGCAGGCUUCAAACCCAACAAUGCAGUAAUCAAUAUCAAUGAAGCACUAAGAAUAACAUAAGGUAGAACAAAAACACACAAGAAAGAAAGAAGCUAUAUACAGGGUCAGUUCCAAUACCAUAUUUACAAUGUGCAGGGAUACUGGAGUGAUAGACGAAGAUAUGUAUAGGGGUAAGGUGAUUAGGCAUCAGGAUAUAUGAUAAACAGAGUAGCAGCAGUGUAAAUUAUGAUUGUAUGUGUGUGUGUGUGUGUGUGUGUGUGUGUGUGGAGUCAGUAUAAAUGUGUCUGCAUGUUAUGUGUGUGUUGGAGUGUCAGUGUGCAUAGAGGGUCAACUCAGUCCGUGCAGCCAGUCUGUUAGCUAUUGGCUUGGGGAAACAGUGGCUUGUGAAAGUAUUCACCCCCCUUGGCAUUUUUCCUAUUUUGUUACCUUACAACCUGGAAUUAAAAUUGAUUUUUGGGGGGUUUGUAUCAUUUGAUUUACACAACAUGCCUACCACUUUGAAGAUGCAAAACAUUUUUGUGUGAAACACACAAGAAAUAAGACCAAAAAAAAUGAACUUGAGCAUGCAUAACUAUUCACCCCCUCAAAGUCAAUUCUUUGUAGAGCCACCUUUUGCAGCAAUUACAGCUGCAAGUCUCUUGGGGUAUGUCUCUAUAAGCUUGGCACAUCUAGCCACUGUGAUUUUUGCCCAUUCUUCAAGGCAAAACUGCUCCAGCUCCUUCAAGUUGGAUGGGUUCUGCUGGUGUACAGCAAUCUUUAAGUCAAACCACAGAUUUUCAAUUGGAUUGAGGUCUGGGCUUUGACUAGGCCAUUCCAAGACAUUUAAAUGUUUUCCUUUAAACCACUCGAGUGUUGCUUUAGCAGUAUGCUUAGUGUCAUUGUCCUGCUGGAAGGUGAACCUCGUCCCAGUCUCAAAUCUCUGGCAGACUGAAACAGGUUUCCCUCAAGCAUUUCCCUGUAUUUAGCGCCAUCCAUCAUUCCUUCAAUUCUGACCAGUUUCCCAGUCCCUGCCGAUGGAAAAACAUCCCCACAGCAUGAUGCUGCCACCACCAUGCUUCACUGUGGGGAUGGUAUUCUCGGAGUGAUGAGAGGUGUUGGGUUUGCGCCAGACAAGCGUUUUCCUUGAUGGCCAAAAAGCUCAAUUUUAGUCUCAUCUGACCAUAGUACCUUCUUCCGUAUGUUUGGGGAGUCUCCCACAUGCCUUUUGGCGAACACCAAACGUGUUUGCUUAUUUUUUUCUUUAAGCAAUGGCUUUUUUCUGGCCACUCUUCCUUAAAGCUCAGCUCUGUGGAGUGUACGGCUUAAAGUGGUCCUAUGGACAGAUACUCCAAUCUCCGCUGUGGAGCUUUGCAGCUCCUUCAGGGUUAUCUUUGGUCUCUUUGUUGCCUCUCUGAUUAAUGCCCCCCUUGCCUGGUCAGUGAGUUUUGGUGGGCGACCCUCUCUUGGCAGGUUUGUUGUGGUGCCAUAUUCUUUUAAUUUUUUAUAUUGAAUUUAAUGGUGCUCCAUGGGAUGUUCAAAGUUCCUGAUAUUUUUUUUAUAACCCGAUCUUGAUCUGUACUUCUCCACACCUGUUUGAAGAGCUCCUAGGUCUUCAUGGUGCCGCUUGCUUGGUGGUGCCCUUUGCUUAGUGGUGUUGCAGACUCUGGGGCCUUUCAGAACAGGUGUAUGUGUGUAUGCAUGUAUGUAUAUACAGUGGGGAAAAAACGUAUUUAGUCAGCCACCAAUUGUGCAAGUUCUCCCACUUAAAAAGAUGAGGCCUGUAAUUUUCAUCAUAGGUACACGUCAACUAUGACAGACAAAUUGAGAUUUUUUUUCUCCAGAAAAUCACAUUGUAGGAUUUUUAAUGAAUUUAUUUGCAAAUUAUGGUGGAAAAUAAGUAUUUGGUCACCUACAAACAAGCAAGAUUUCUGGCUCUCACAGACCUGUAACUUCUUCUUUAAGGGGCUCCUCUGUCCUCCACUCGUUACCUGUAUUAAUGGCACCUGUUUGAACUUGUUAUCAGUAUAAAAGACACCUGUCCACAACCUCAAACAGUCACACUCCAAACUCCACUAUGGCCAAGACCAAAGGACACCAGAAACAAAAUGGUAGACCUGCACCAGGCUGGGAAGACUGAAUCUGCAAUAGGUAAGCAGCUUGGUUUGAAGAAAUCAACUGUGGGAGCAAUUAUUAGGAAAUGGAAGACAUACAAGACCACUGAUAAUCUCCCUCGAUCAGGGGCUCCACGCAAGAUCUCACCCCGUGGGGUCAAAAUGAUCACAAGAACAGUGAGCAAAAAUCUCAGAACCACACGGGGGGACCUAGUGAAUGACCUGCAGAGAGCUGGGACCAAAGUAACAAAGCCUACCAUCAGUAACACACUACGCCGCCAGGGACUCAAAUCCUGCAGUGCCAGACGUGUCCCCCUGCUUAAGCCAGUACAUGUCCAGGCCCGUCUGAAGAUUGCUAGAGUGCAUUUGGAUGAUCCAGAAGAGGAUUGGGAGAAUGUCAUAUGGUCAGAUGAAACCAAAAUAUAACUUUUUGGUAAAAACUCAACUCGUCGUGUUUGGAGGACAAAGAAUGCUGAGUUGCAUCCAAAGAACACCAUACCUACUGUGAAGCAUGGGGGUGGAAACAUCAUGCUUUGGGGCUGUUUUUCUGCAAAGGGACCAGGACGACUGAUCCGUGUAAAGGAAAGAAUGAAUGGGGCCAUGUAUCGUGAGAUUUUGAGUGAAAACCUCCUUCCAUCAGCAAGGGCAUUGAAGAUGAAACGUGGCUGGGUCUUUCAGCAUGACAAUGAUCCCAAACACACCGCCCGGGCAACGAAGGAGUGGCUUCGUAAGAAGCAUUUCAAGGUCUUGGAGUGGCCUAGCCAGUCUCCAGAUCUCAACCCCAUAGAAAAUCUUUGGAGGGAGUUGAAAGUCUGUGUUGCCCAGCGACAGCCCCAAAACAUCACUGCUCUAGAGGAGAUCUGCAUGGAGGAAUGGGCCAAAAUACCAGCAACGGUGUGUGAAAACCUUGUGAAGACUUACAGAAAACGUUUGACCUGUGUCAUUGCCAACAAAGGGUAUUGAGAAACUUUUGUUAUUGACCAAAUACUUAUUUUCCACCAUAAUUUGCAAAUAAAUUCAUAAAAAAUCCUACAAUGUGAUUUUCUGGAUUUUUUUUCUCUCAUUUUGUCUGUCAUAGUUGACAUGUACCUAUGAUGAAAAUUACAGGCCUCUCAUCUUUUUAAGUGGGAGAACUUGCACAAUUGGUGGCUGACUAAAUACUUUUUUCCCCCACUGUGUGUGUGUGUGUGUGUGUGUGUGUGUGUGUAUAUAUAUAUAUUACAGUUGAAGUCGGAAGUUUACAUACACCUUAGCCAAAUACAUUUAAACUCAGUUUUUCACAAUUCCUGACAUUUAAUCCUAGUAAAAAUGCCCUGUCUUAGGUCAGUUAGGAUCACCACUUUCUUUUAAGAAUGUGAAAUGUCAGAAUAAUAGUUGAGAGAAUGAUUUAUUUCAGCUUUUAUUUCUAUCAUCACAUUCACAGUGGGUCAGAAGUUUACAUGCACUCAAUUAGUAUUUGGUAGCAUUGCCUUUAAAUUGUUUAACUUGGGUCAAACGUUUCGGGUAGCCUUCCACAAGCUUCCCACAAGAAGUUGGGUGAAUUUUGGCCAAUUCCUCCUGACAGAGCUGGUGUAACUGAGUCAGGUUUGUAGGCCUCCUUGCUCGCACACGCUUUUUCAGUUCUGCCCAUACAUUUUCUAUAGGAUUGAGGUCAGGGCUUUGUGAUGGCCACCAAUACCUUGACUUUGUUGUCCUUAAGCCAUUUUGCCACAACUUUGGAAGUAUGCUUGGGGUCAUUGUCCAUUUGGAAGACCCAUUUGCGACCAAGCUUUAACUUCCUGACUGAUGUCUUGAGAUGUUGCUUCAAUAUAUCCACAUAAUUUUGCUUCCUCAUGAUGCCAUCUAUUUUGUGAAGUGCACCAUUCCCUCCUGCAGCAAAGCACCCCCACAGCAUGAUGCUGCCACCCCCGUGCUUCACGGUGGGAUGGUGUUCUUCGGCUUGCAAGCUCUCCCCUUUUCCUCCAAACAUAACUAUGAUCAUUAUGAUCAGUUAUUUUUGUUUCAUCAGACCAGAGGACAUUUCUCCAAAAAGUACAAUCUUUGUCCCCAUGUGCAGUUGCAAAGCGGUUUUUUCCUUGCUGAGUGGCCUUUCAGGUUAUGUCGAUAUAGGACUUGUUUUACUGUGGAUAUAGAUACUUUUGUACCUGUUUCCUCCAGCAUCUUCACAUGGUCCUUUGCUGUUGUUCUGGGAUUGAUUUGCACUUUUUGCACCAGGAGACAGAACGCGUCUCCUUCCUGAGCGGUAUGAUGGCUGCGUGGUCACAUGGUGUUUAUACUUGCAUACUAUUGUUUGUACAGAUGAACGUGGUACCUUCAGGCGUUUGGAAAUUGCUCCCAAGGAUGAACCAGACUGUGGAGGUCUACAAUGUUUUUUCUGAGGUCUUUUUUGAUUUUCCCAUGAUGUCAAGCAAAGAGGCACUGAGUUUGAAGGUAGGCCUUGAAAUACAUCCACAGGUACACCUCCAAUUGACUCAAAUGAUGUCAAUUAGCCUAUCAGAAGCUUCUAAAUCCAUGACCUAAUUUUCUGGAAUUUUCCAAGCUGUUGAAAGGCACAGUCAACUUAGUGUAUGUAAACUUCUGACCCACUGGUGCUGGAUGGCAGGGAGCUCGGCCCCAGUGAUGCGCUGGGUUGUCCGCACCACCUUCUGUAGCACCAUGCGAACGAGGGUGGUGCUGUUGCCAUACCAAGCAAUGAUGCAGCCAGUCAAGAUUCUCUCAAUGGUGCAACUGUAGAACCAUUUGAGGGCCCAUGCAAAUCCUUUUCAACCUUGCGCCUUCUUCACGACUGUGCGUGUGUGAGUGGACCAUUUUAAGUCCUUAGUGAUUUAGACACUGAGGAUCUUUAAGCUCCUGACCCACUCCACUGCAGCCCCGUUGAUGUGGAUGGGGGCGUGCUCGCGCCCCCCAUUUCCUGUAGUCCACGAUCAGUUCCUUGGUCUUACUGACGUUGAGGGAGAUGUUGUUGUCCCAGCACCCCACUGUCGUGUCGUCAGCAAACUUGAUGUUGGUGUUGGAGUUGUGUCCACACAGUCGUGGGUGAACAGGGAGUACAGGAGGGGACUAAGCACACACCCCUGUUGGGUCCCGAGGGUCAGCGUGGCGGAGGUGAAGUUGCCGACCCUCACCACCUGGGGUUGGCCCGUCAGGAAGUCCAGGAUCCAGUUGCAGAGGGAUUUGUUCAGUCCCAGGGUCCUAAGCUUGGAGGGAACAAUGGUGUUGUACGCUGAGCUGUAGUCAAUGAACAGCAUUCUCACAUAACUUUGCACCUACUUUGCAGGGGAAGGGGAAGCUAACAUGCUAAGUAGUUGCAAGGUAGCUAAAAAGUAGUUGCAAAGUUGCUAAAAUGCUAAAGUUGUCCAUGAUGAGAUUCGAACAAGCAAACUUUGGGUUGCUAGACGUUCACGUUAUACAGUCGACCAGCUUCCUUACUUUUAUUUUUGCCUUAAGUAACCUUCUGUCUUAUGUAACCAUACCAAUUGUAACAUAUACUAAUUUGAGUGACCCGGAUUUACAUUUACUAUGUUACGUCUAUGAGACCAGGCUGCUAAGACGUCUGUCCUCAAAACAGUUUGUUAUGGACUUGGGCUCAUGUACAACGCACUUAAUGAACUUGCCCUGUCCGAGUGUAGCCUUUGUUUUGCAAGAUCACAUAGGCCUAGUAUUUUACAGAACCAAAUAUAAUAGCAUAGUAGUAGGCCUAUAUUACUGUUACACCAAAAACACCUCCUCAGUCAUUUUUUAUGACUUUUAGGAUUCUCGCUGAAUAGUCAGUCUAGUUUUUUUUCCUUUUGCGGCCAAAACUCAACAGAGCGCGCAACUAGGCAGGAUGUAUGCUUAGAUAGAAACAAAAUACAAGAAAGGCUAAUAGUUUAACACCAUCUGCUCUAAUUAGUUUACGGAACAGUAAUUCAAGAAGAUCUAAAUGCAUAUUCCAUGAAACAGAUUGAGAUCAAAUGAUUGGCAUGGAUUUUGGACAUUUCACCGGUAAAACUUGAAUAAUUAUCCUUCACGAUUGACAGUGGUGAUGGCAUAUUUUGAAAUAGGUAUGCCUAACUUGGUGUUUGAGGGUAUUAAAAAUAGAAGCAUUUAUUGAGACAAUAUGUGUGGGCAUAGGGACACGUUGCAAUUGGAGGAUGCAUUAUUCUAUAAUGAUAUUCAAUCGGCUACAUCUGUCUUACAAACUUUGAUUGAGAAAUGAUGACGUCAUUUAAAAAAACGAAUGCGUUCCCGCACCUAAAAGAAUGGCACUACACCCCUCUGUAUGUGUACUGAAUAAUCAGACCCCAUUGUGUCUAAGAAGAAAAGGUGCUAUCUAGAACCUAAAAGGGUUCUUUGGCUGUCCCCAUCGGAGAACCCUUUGAAGAACCCUUUUUGAUUCCUUUCCACAGAGGGUUCUACAUGGAACCCAUAAGGGUUAUCCUAUGUGGACAGCCGACGAACACUUUUGGAACCCUUUUUUCUAAGAGUGUGGGAAAAGUGUGCAUGUUCUUUUCUUUUUUUUCUUUACUUUUUUUUUUUUUUUGUCAUUUAGCAGACACUCUUAUCCAGAGCGACUUACAGUUUAGUAAGUGCAUACAUUUUCAUACUGUUCAUGUGUUAAUAUGCACAGCAGGGGCUCUUUUUGAUAGUAUGAUCAUAAUAAUCUUAUGCAAUUAAGGUACCAGGAUAUAUUUGAAAUCAACCCCUCAGGCACCUCAUGCAAAUGUCCUGUGCUGCUGUUUCAAAUUAUCCAACAAGUUCUUUGAUGCACAGUUGGUUUUAAUGAAACAUUAGUACAAUAAAUUCCCAUUCUUGCUACGCGCACGCGGGCACACGCGUAGCACGCACAAACACAGUCGCAACAAGCCCUCCCACCAAAUGCUCCCUGGAAAGAAUUGCCACAGAUUAAUUUAUCUAUUCUACAACCCUUGCAAACACGUUCUUUCUCUUUUCAAUGACGCACCUUAAGCUCACUGUGAAUAACACUGGGCUUUGCCUAUCAUGUUGGGAUCUGAGACAUAAGAGGUCUAACAGAGUUCUCACAAAGCUGUCAGAGCUCACAGAUUUCACAAACCUCUCACUGAGUCGCUGUGCCCACAUCAUAGGCACCAUUACUUUUUAUAAUGGAGAUUUAGGUAACACUGCACCCACCCAAUGCCCUCCAUUAUAAGUGUCUGAAAGCUAGAACUUGAAUGUUUUCUGCUAAUGUAAAGAAACAGACAGGAGCACUGGUUGGGUGUUCAAGUUUUGCUAUAUUUUUUAAGGUGCUCUUUGUAAGGGUUUGUGCAUAGUUAAAACAUUGCUUUAUAGGGAAAGGGGGAUACCUAGUCAGUUGCACAAAUUAAUGCAUUCAACCAAAAUGUUUCUUCCACAUUUAACCCAACCCCUCUGAAUCAGAGAGGCGUGGGGGGCUGCCUUAAUCGACGUCAUCGGUGCCCGGGGAGCAGUUGUUGUUCGGGGUUAACUGCCUUGCUCAAGGGUAGAACGGCAGAUUUUUCCACCUUGCUGGCUUGGGGAUUGAAACCAGUGACCGUUCAGUUACUGGCCCAACGCUCUUAACCGCUAGGUUACCUGCCGCCAUACAUUAUAGAUAAUGCAUGGCAUACAGUAUCUUUGGAGAAGUCUGAUAGUACCACCUCCAUUCUCUCCCUUUCCUUCUAGGGCAAAGACACAGGGGUCAAAGGUCCCUACUCCCAGCUGACCCAGGAAGAGCUGAUCUCCCUGGUGGUGAAGCAGCAGGAGCAGCUGUCCAAAAGGGAUGACAAGAUCAAGGAGCUGGAGCAGUAUAUUGACAACCUGCUGGUGCGCAUCAUCGAGGAACAACCCAGUAUCCUGAUGUCCAUGAACUCACUCAAAUGA